AUGGAUCCCAAUCAGCGUCCCAAGCGACCCGCACCAGACCCACACUUCGAGCGGCUACAUGGCCCUCCCUUGAGCUACGCGCGGUCGAUUCAGUCAAUCCUGCAAACCUACGAUCCACAGCCUGCCCCCACCAUCAUGGAUUUUCCUGCCGAGGCAAGCGGAUUCUCUCAUCCUACAGUGCCAAAUGUUGUCGACUUCACCAAAGGGAAGGCACCUGCUAGAGACAUGCCUCCUCCACCAACCCCGGGCUUGCUGAGCGAUUUUCAGACCCCCUGUGAGGGUACUUGCUCCGUUACCAAUUGUGAAUCUGGAUGCAAUCCCUCGGUAGUUGGCUCUGGGACGUGUUCGUUGUCGCAGUGUAACAAUUCAGAUCAAUGCACAAGCGAAGAGUGUUGCAGAGAACCAGCGUGCUUGGACCAUGAAUCCGUACCGACAACUCGACGUGAGUCCAUCGACUUUAGCGCAGAGGAUCAAUAUGCUUCUUCGUCUCAGCAUCAGUUUGCCAGCAGUAGCGCGGUAUUCCCAGCCUAUGACAAUCUACCGGGCUUCGACAAUACCAAUCACGACCCAAUGCAGUGCCAUUGGCUGCUUCCCGAUCAAGAGUGCGACAUCACAGCGCCAACCAAGGAUGCUCUCAGCCAACAUGUCUUCCACGACCACAUCCAGCCUGAGACGAGCCUCGCGUGCGGGUGGUCUGACUGUGACGAGCAAAUAGACGCGCAACAGCUUACAACCCAUCUGUGGAACAGCCACCAUCCCGAACAGCACGUCCCUGAUUCCUACGUUUGCCUAUGGGAUGGCUGUAUGGAGAUGUUCUCGGAUGCUGAGCAACUGGAGACGCACAUGGAAGUCGCGCAUACCCAAAUGGAGAGCAUUGAUUGCCGUUGGGGAGGAUGCGGCACAAUCACCACAAACUCUGCUGAACUGCAGAGUCAUGUUAACAGGGAGCAUCUCCAUCUCCACAUCCAACCGGCUUUCUCUUCGUCGAACCUGGAAAUGGGCCCAUCGGACCGUCGUACUUCCCUACCAUCCAAGCACCCCCUCUACUGGUCACAAGAGAACGACGAUCUGCUUAUGCGCGUACGUGCUCAAAACCUUACUUUCAAGCAAAUAGCUUCGCAGUAUUUCCCAGACAAGUCCGCCCAGGCCUGCCAAGUACACUAUGCGGUACUAUGGAAUCGGCAACAGCAAUCCGUUCCGCAGUCCACGGAGCAGUCCACUCCGUUGUUGUCCUAUUCACCCCUGCCACCUUCUUCAUACGCCACCAACUAUUCGUUCUCUUGCCGGCACUGUGGGAAGAGAUUCCGGGAUAACACCAAACUUGCUGAUCACGAACGCACCCAUACGAAGGAGAAACCUCACAAGUGCGAUGUGUGUGAGAUGGCCUUUGCUAGCCGAGAUGGACUGGGUAAGCUCAACAUCUCCGCAGGCGCAAAGUCCAAAGUCAAAUCCUCCGUCCAGCGUGCCAUCAGAACCAAAGUCUGCGAAACAUACCCUCUUCUCGCGCCUCAUAUCGACGAGAUAAUACCCAAAAAGUCACAGCUAGAUCUACUAAAGCUGCCUGAUAGAGUCUCCCUUUACGCCCUCGACUCCACCCCCCUCUUCUGGCAACACAUGGACGACCCCUUGAUCCCCCACCUUCGAGUCGUGCACCAAUUUCCUCAAUGUUUUAACCGCAUAGGCAUCGACAGAGGAGCAAUUCGUUUCGUAUUAUCAGGCGCAACACUCAUGGCGCCCGGACUGACGAGUACUGGAGGGAAAUUACCUGAUAAGGAGGGGGAGUUGAAGGACGGGGAUGUGGCAGUCAUAGAGGCAGAGGGGAAAGAGGAGGCGUGUUUAGUGGGGCAGUUGAGAAUGGGGACGGAGGAGAUAAGGGACAAGAAGAAGGGGGUUGUCAUGGAUACCGGACACUUUUUGGGGGAUGGGUUGUGGAAGAUUAGCAUUGAUUGA